GCCGACACUGCCCCUGGCGGUGACUCACGCCAGGCAGCCCUUAAAUACGCGGAGGACCGGGGAGCCGCACUGAUGCUGCAGCCUUGAGCCACCCCACGUCCUCCUCUCCGGUUCCCUCUGGUCGACGGCAAGCAGGCGGGAGGGCGCCGAGCUGCUGAGGCCAUGCCACUGAAACAUUAUCUCCUUUUGCUGGUGGGCUGCCAGGCCUGGGCUGCAGGCUUGGCCUUCUAUGGCUGCCCGAGCGAGUGCACCUGCUCCAGGGCCUCCCAGGUGGAAUGCACGGGGGCGCGCAUCGUGGUGGUUCCCACCCCGCUGCCCUGGAAUGCCAUGAGCCUGCAGAUCCUCAACACACACAUCACUGAACUCAAUGAGUCCCCCUUCCUCAACAUCUCAGCCCUGAUCGCGCUGCGGAUUGAGAAGAACGAGCUGGCCCACAUUGCUCCCGGUGCCUUCCGUAGCCUCGGCUCGCUGCGCUACCUCAGCCUUGCCAACAACAAGCUCCAGAUCCUGCCUGUUGGCCUCUUCCAGGGCCUGGAUAACCUCGAGUCGCUCCUGCUGUCCAGCAACCAGUUGGUGCAGAUCCAGCCGGCCCACUUCACCCACUUCAGCAACCUCAAGGAGCUGCAGCUUCACGGCAACCACUUGGAGUACAUCCCUGAUGGGGUCUUCGACCACAUGGUGGGCCUCACCAAGCUCAAUCUGGGCAAGAACAGCCUCACUCACCUCUCACCCCGGGUCUUCCAGCACCUGCGCAACCUCCAGGUCCUCCGGCUGUAUGAGAACAGGCUCUCAGACAUCCCCAUGGGCUGUUUUGACGGGCUCAGCAACCUCCAAGAGCUGGCCCUGCAGCAGAACCAGAUUGGAGUGCUGUCCCCUGGCCUCUUCCACAACAACCGUAACCUUCAGAAGCUCUACCUGUCCAACAACCACAUCUCCCAGCUGCCCCCCGGCAUCUUCCUGCAGCUGCCCCAGCUCAACCGGCUCACGCUCUUUGGGAAUUCCCUGAAGGAGCUCUCUCCCGGCAUCUUUGGACCCAUGCACAACCUGCGGGAGCUAUGGCUCUACGACAACCACAUCACCUCCCUCCCCGAUAAUGUCUUCAGCAACCUCCGCCAGCUGCAGGUCCUGAUCCUCAGCCGCAACCAGAUCAGCUACAUUUCCCCGGAUGCCUUCAAUGGGCUGGUGGAGCUGCGGGAGCUGUCCCUCCACACCAAUGCACUGCAGGAGCUGGAUGGAAGCAUCUUCCGCAUGUUGGCCAACCUGCAGAACAUCUCCCUGCAGAACAACCGCCUUCGGCAGCUCCCUGGAAACCUCUUCGCCAACGUCAAUGACCUGUUGACCAUCCAGCUGCAGAACAACCAGCUGGAGAACCUGCCCUUGGGCAUCUUUGAUCACCUGGGGAAGCUAUGUGAGCUGCGGCUCUACGACAACCCCUGGAGGUGUGACUCAGACAUCCUUCCGCUCCACAACUGGCUCCUGGUCAACAAGGCCAGGCUGGGGACAGACAGCCUCCCUGUGUGUUUCAGCCCAGCCAGUGUCCGUGGCCAGUCCCUCAUCAUCAUCAAUGUCAAUGUUGUUGUCCCCAGUGUCCAGGGCCCAGUCGUGCCCAGCUACCCAGAGACGCCGACAUACCCGGACACGUCCAGCCACCCUGACACGUCCAGCUACCCUGACACGUCCAGCUACCCUGACACCACCUCCAUCUCCUCCACCACUGACUUCACCAGCCCCUCAGGGGACUACACCGAUCUGACCACCAUCAACACCACCGAGAAACGUGACCGGGGGGGCAUGACCCCGGCCCAGAGUGGGCUGGCCAUUGCUGCCAUUGUCAUCGGCAUCAUUGCCCUGGCCUGUUCCCUGGCUGCCUGCAUCUGCUGUUGCUGCUGCAAGAAGAGGAGCCACGCGGUCCUGAUGCAGAUGAAGGCACCCAAUGAGUGUUAGAGAGGAGGGCUGGAGUAAGGGCUGGGGGACAAGUGGGACCCCCAGAGGACCCAGGAUUUCACUGUGCUGCCUCCACCUCUGGGUCCACAGACCAUCCCCUGUCACUCUCUCUCGGGUCCCCUAGAGAAAGGCACCCCUACCUUUUCCUGACCUGCCUGGUUCUCCUGUAGACAAGGUUCUGGCAGAACCUUCUUACUACCAGGGAGAUCUAACCUGCCAUGGAAAAAAAUCCUGUAGUGGUCCCAAUUCACAUCCCUGGGCUUCUUUCAAGAAAGCCCCUCCUCUAAAGCUCACCAGCUCUCCUCCAAAACUUGCCUUCCCUGUGUCUGUGCCCCUGUGGGCCUCUGUAGACACGGUUUUCACACACCUGCCACUUUGUGGGAACAGUUCUCCACCGGGACAGCCCCUCUCCCAAGUAUUAUGUAAGUUGAUUCCCCUUCUUUGCUCCUCUUGUUUGUGGCAUGGCUCCACCCUCUCCCCUCAAAUGAAAAGUCUCUCUUCAUUUCCUGCUCCUGAAGGCAAGGUGACUUUUUCUCCUCAAAGGAGGCUUCAAACCUUUUAGCUGCUUUUUCAAGAACUGCCAAAUGCCCUGGCUUUCAGGAUGCUAUGAGAGAGAGAAAGGGAAAACUGAGGCUGCUCAGUUCCUGAAGGCAGAGCCAUCAUCAGUAUCUCUCUUGUGAUUUUUAUCUGGAAAAGGAAGAAAGGCACCAGUGCAACAAGUUUUGCCUCUUUAGAGAAUAUUUCUGAACUGCAAACUUUGCUUUGAAAAUUUUAGUCCUUUAAGGAAUAAAAUCAUGUAGAAGUUCUGACCUCCCUAAAACAUGAAAGUCAGCUUAUUGGUAUUGGAUGGAGAAAGCAAUCUGGUACCUGGGGGUCCUUGUGUUCACCUGCAAGGUUUUUCUCUUUUAACUGUUUCUGGAAGUGUAACCUACAUACAGAAAAGUGGGAGCAUGCAGGUGUAUAGUUUGAUGGAUUUUCACAAACCGUACACACCUGUGUGAUUAGUACCCAGUUCAAGAAAUGAGACAUCACCAGGAUCCUCCAUCUGGGGCUUUUACUGGAGAAGACUGGGGCUUGUGGAGGUGGCAUGGACUUAACCUGGGAACUGGCUCCUCACAGAUCAGGAUGGGCCCCUGCCUGCCCUCCCCUUGCAGCCUGUCCUUGCAAAGGCCCAGCUACCAGCGGUGGAGGAGAAGAUAUAGGUAUACUCUGGCCUGAGCAGAAAAUUGUAUUCAAUGCCAGACCUUCAGGCACCCAGACUGGCCAGGUCAGAAGCAUCUCAACUAGAGAGGCCCAUGCAACCACACACCCUACCCUGCCAACAAGCUGUCUGUUGCUCAUUGGAGGUUCCUCUGCUUGGGCCUUUUAUGGGCAUGAGAUGCCCUAUAUCUGUUUUUAAUUUUCACUCUGCAUCUGGGGAAGUGAAAUAGCUCAGAGAUGAGAUCCUUUAAUUGGACAGCCAAGUAUAAUAGAACCCAGCAAUCCCUCUGGUCGUGGUAAAAUUCUUCAUAGACAUUACAGUCAGCUAGAAACUGAACUUCAGCAUUCUCACACAUAGCAGGCAACACGGAUUCAGACAGGUCAGGCUGGGUCAGGGACCUCUCUGAAGCUUCUCCCUGCCUGUAGUCUGCUUACAAGAGUUGAGUGCUUUGGUUCAGUGUUGCAGUCACAUGAAUGCCUGCCCUGGCCACCAUUCCUGCUGCACACACAUUCACACUGGUAAAGAAAGUACACGCAUGACAAUGCAUGUCUUUCUCUGGACAACUGGUAGACCACUUUAGAAGUACAGACAGUGAAAUGGAGACUUUCACGUGUCUGUGUCUGCCCAGAAAAGAGCUGUAGCCAAUACUGUACAGAUUUGGAAAUCUGCCAUCAAUCCUUACUGGCCUUUACUAGUUUCCUCUGCCCCACGAGACAAAUAAGAAAUACACUUCGGCCUUAACAGCAUGGUGCUGACAGGUCCCAACGAAGAGUCCAGGAACACAUGUGUGUUAAGAACUAGUGCAUUUUGUAGCUUUUCACUCUCUGUCACAGGAAAUCUGGGGGAGAUGUUGUUAGAGGCAAAAGACGUUAUCUCCCCAAGGCAAAUCUGGGUCUCCAAAAUGUUUUCAAAAUAUUUAUAGUACCGGGCAGACAUGUACCUGGGUUUGCCAGGGUCUAAAAGGAAAUGAGCCUAGAGCUUGGGGCUUGAGCAUCAUUUCCAAUGGUGACCUGCCUUGUUGAUCCUGGGCCCCAAAGGGGAAGUGUGGCCUACUCUCCCCCAGACAGGAAGCAUGGUUUAGCACUGAAUUCCUCAAAGGACUCCUUGUAAGGAGGCUCCAGCAUCUCAUUGUGCAAGGGUACAAGUGGGCCAGAGAUAUCAGAAAGGUGAGGAAGGAGUCUUCGUCAUCCAGUGUGCCCUGUCAAGCUGAACCCAGGACCUCUGGGUAUUGAUAACAUUGGCCAUGACCUUGGAAUAUCUUCCUCUCUGGUCCAAGAUACCUCGUGUGUCUCCAGAUCAAAGGCUGGCCUGAGGGCAGCUGUCCUCAGAUGAGUCCCCUGGAAAGCACCCUGGGUGGGGCUGGUGGGCCCUUUUCCUGACCUUCUGAGAGCCCCUGGUCCUUUCUCCCAUCAGAGGCUGGAGGGAACCAUUGAGCCUCCUCUUCCUUGGCAGGCCAUGUGGUUUCUCUCAACCAUGUUGUCUGGUCAGGAAGCUACCAGAAAAGGUGGGUGGAGUUUCGUUUCCAACAGGCUCUUGGCUCUUGGCAUUUGCUCACUUCUUGGGGCUGAAGUGAGCUGCUUGGUUCCCCAGAAGUUGAGUUCAUUUUUCCCCGUAGCUCAUUGGCCUCUAGUCCUCCUUGUCAGUUCUCCAUUUGGAGUGGAGGGUCAAUAUUGGAGGAAAGAUAAUAAAAACCGGUUAGAACCACUGUUUUUCAAAAAUGUUUAUCUGCAUAGAUACCCUUCAAAGCACUUAGCAGGCAUUUUCUUUUUAAUCCUCACUACAGCCCUGUGCAGGAGUGGUACACGUGUGAGGAUCUAAAACCUCUUGUCUCCUGCAACAUUAUUUAACAGGCUGUGAGUGUUCCUUCUCUCUUUAAGCUCAUACAAGAAUUCAUGGCCUGUCCUCGGCUUUCAUUGCUAAACCAAGGAAAAGGGGAGUCACUGUCUUAUUGCUCCCUGUCAUCUUAGCUAUUUGACCCCACCUGGUACUGUGUGGACCCAAAGCUUUGUAAAUACAGGAAAAGUUAAACUCAUCCAUCCAUUAAAGAAAAACUGGCUUUCCUCAAGGGAAUGUUGGGCUGCGUGUAUAUUGCUCCUCCUCGUCAGGAUUUAAAGGCACAACACCAUUCUCAGAACCCUUCAUGGGCAGCAAUGGUGUCACAGGUGUCUGUGUGGUGCAGUGUUGGGAAUCAUUUCUAGACUCAGGAAGUUUAUGAGGAGGAGGCAGCUACAGCCAACUAGAUAACUGGAGUUGCUAGAGAGACAUGGGAGGUAGCCUGCCUUUAGCUAUGAAUGACUCAAAGAAAUCAACCUACAGAUCCCACAGUCGGAGUUGAACUGGAGUUGCUGGGGAGGCAGUGGUGGUCUUAGGGAGGAGGUCAUGGCUGUGGUUCAGAGAGGAGCGGGGUGGGCACUCCUCCAGGCCAAACUCCUCCCACUCUGAGCUUUUUUCUUCACCCAAGGAGGGAUUGUUCUCACCAACUCAUCGCCUUCGUGCUGCCUUCAAAUGUGGAUUGAUUUUGCCUCACUUAGGGAAUCAUUGCAAAUAGUCCCAGGUGCUUGGUGAUGCAUUUAGAGCUUUCUAGGCCCCCAGGGUUUUAUAGAGUGUGAGCCCUGGUGGGCAAGGUGGGGGGGUCCAUCUUUGCUGGAUACUGCUUGUAACAGAUUUGGAGUACAGAAUCAACAAUAAAUGGUAUACACAGGA